UGCAGAGCAGCACUCAGAAAGACAAUGGGAGAGAGGGCUGCUCAGGUAAACUCCUCCUGGAGAAGAUGCCAGCUUGUCCCAGCUGUCCUUAUUUCCUUUUCCCUGCUCUCCCGGGCUCCUUGCUUCUUCCCUGGCUCUACUCAAGCGACACAAACGCUGUAAACGCUUAAAAGAACUACUUUCCCUGAGUUUUUUUUUCUCUCUCUCUCCCUCCAGAUGCCCCGGUCCCAACCUCCCCUUCUUCAUGGCUUCUUCUCCUGCCCCUCGGUGAUCCGUGCCUCUGGCCUUUGCUCUGUGGCUUAUUGUCACUCAUCCCUCGCCUUCCUUUUCCCGCUCACCCUCUGUGCCUGGCCUCGGGUCUUGUUCCUUUCUCCCUCUCCUCUCAUCCCCAUCCCAUUCCUGGAGGUUUCUGGAUUGUUGGAGGCUCUGGCUUCUCCUCCCUUCUGGAGCUCUCUGAGAUGUCUCUGUGAGGGGUUGGGGGAACCUCAAGGAUUGGCCUGGCGGGUGUGGCGAGUAUUCCACUGGAACCAGAACCCAGAGCCUGACGUCACCGGGCCCCGCCUGUCAAUCUCGGGCGGGCGCGCUGCUCGCAGCUUCCUUCUUUGCCAUUGCCUCUCUGUCACUCGCGGUGGUGGCUCAACGACAGGAGACCAGCGCUUUCCUCCUGGACGCCGGGGCCGCCUUCUGCAGGCAGCCGCUUGGCCAUGCAGAGAGCAUAACCAGGCACACAGCCACGGAGCGCAUGACCAGAGACUUCCCGGAGCUUUGACUCCCCAGGGAGCAACAUCUGGCGGCGAUGAACGCGAGCGCCGCCUCGCUCAACGAGUCCCAGGUGGUGGCAGUGGCCGCCGAGGGAGCAGCAGCUGCGGCCACAGCAGCAGGGGCACCGGACACCAGCGAAUGGGGACCCCCAGCAGCAUCGGCGGCGCUGGGAGGUGGCAGCGGACCUAACGGGUCACUGGAGCUGUCUUCGCAGCUGCCAGCAGGGCCGUCCGGACUACUGCUUUCAGCAGUGAAUCCCUGGGAUGUGUUGCUGUGUGUGUCGGGGACCGUGAUCGCAGGCGAAAAUGCGCUGGUGGUGGCACUCAUCGCAUCCACUCCCGCGCUGCGCACGCCCAUGUUUGUGCUCGUGGGUAGUCUGGCCACUGCCGACCUGCUGGCGGGCUGUGGCCUCAUCCUACACUUUGUGUUCCAAUACGUGGUGCCCUCGGAGACUGUGAGCCUGCUCAUGGUGGGCUUCCUGGUGGCCUCCUUCGCCGCCUCAGUCAGCAGCCUUCUUGCCAUCACAGUGGACCGUUACCUGUCCCUUUACAACGCGCUCACCUACUACUCGCGCCGGACCCUGUUGGGCGUGCACCUCUUACUGGCAGCCACCUGGACAGUGUCGCUCGCUUUGGGGUUGCUGCCCGUGCUAGGCUGGAACUGCUUGGCCGACCGCUCAUCCUGCAGUGUGGUGCGCCCCCUGACACGCAGCCACGUGGCGCUGCUCUCCACUUCCUUCUUUGUGGUCUUUGGCAUCAUGCUGCACCUGUACGUGCGCAUCUGCCAGGUGGUCUGGCGCCACGCCCACCAGAUCGCCUUGCAGCAGCACUGUCUGGCGCCGCCCCACCUAGCGGCCACCAGAAAGGGAGUGGGAACUCUGGCCGUGGUGCUAGGCACCUUCGGGGCCAGCUGGCUGCCCUUUGCCAUCUAUUGUGUGGUGGGUAGUCAAGAGGACCCGGCCAUCUAUACCUAUGCCACCCUGCUGCCCGCCACCUAUAACUCCAUGAUCAAUCCCAUCAUUUAUGCCUUCCGCAACCAGGAGAUCCAGCGUGCCUUGUGGCUCCUGCUCUGUGGCUGUUUCCAAUACAAAGUGCCCUUCCGCUCCAGGUCCCCCAGUGAGGUCUGAAGGGCUGAUCCGUAUGCCCUCACCAACACCACAAACCCAACAUGCCAGCCUUUGGUGAGCUUCUAGGUGCCUGUUGACUAACUCUUGAGAUCUCAGUGGUGUGACUGUGACUCUACAGGAGACAGGGGACUGAGCAUGAACACAGCAAACUCACUCAGACAAUGAGGCUUGUUGGCACUUUAUAUAUACAGUGUAUACACAUGUACAUAUAUAUACAAGUAUUUGUAUCUUCUGGAGGUGUUCAGGACCUGGAGCUUCCUGUUCUAUGAAAAAACAACAAACAAGAUGUGGUUGUAUACUCCAUUGUACAUCACAUUUGUCAAGCAAAGACAUUCCAAUACUGCUUAAUAAUAGCACUUUAUUUUUAGCUGCUGAAAUGCCAAAACAGUGUUGCCAUUUCCACGAGAAGGAGAAUGGGAGUCAAAGAUGUAUUUUUUGUUGUAUGUGAUAGAAUAUUUUGCUGCACAUGCAUCAAUAAAUUACAACAUAUUUUGUACACAAAUAAACACAUUAUAAAAAUA